AUGAGCGCCAUGGCCAGUACGAAGCCCGGCGGUGUGCCUCCUCCAGGCGACGGUCAUCACAGCGGAUGGGCGAGGACCGCUGCAGCUGCUCCUUCGCACGGGCAGGGCUACCGCUAUUGUCCAGCUCCACGACGGGGGGGCGGCGCUACAGCUUCUGCCCCCGUCGCGGACGGGGGGGAGAGGGGGGGUUACUACACCGGCAGGAUCUCUCACGGUUUCGGCAGGAGGGCCGGCGGCGGUCGGCGAGGGGGCACCGCAGUUGGGUGCCUGUUCGCUCUGGGGGUGCUGGCCUGGGUGUGGGUGAUGGGGUCGUUCCGCACAUUUUUCUCUGUGGGGACCCCGUCGUCAUCAGCCGCAGCGCCGACGCGGGAGCCCUUGGGCCCCGCGUCCUCGGCACCAAGACGGACGACGAGCGGCCUGCCGGCCGUCCAUGCCCCCGGCCUGGACACGCCUGCUGCUGCCGACGGUGGUGGUGGUCGAGAUGCUGUAUCCCUCGCGACUAGAAAUGGUGCUAACGCUGACAGCAUCCCUGCGGGGGGCGGCCCAGACUACCUCCACAAGCCUCGCCUAGAGAUAGAAUCAGGGGCGGCGGAUGUUUCGGGACCCUACGACCAGUUCCCGGGGCCGCAGGCCGACGGCCGAGAAAAGGGGGUUCGCGACGGCGGCGGAGGGCGGGGGGGGGCGUUCUUGUCGUCAGAGGAGCUGGCCGACGAGACCCUGGCGGACGGGAAGGCGAGGUGUUGGACCGACGAGGCCGGGAACGGCCGGUGCCUUCCGACCGUCUUCUUCUUCGGGGUGUCCAAGUGCGGCACAACGUCCCUGUCGAACUGGCUGUCCUCGCACCCUCGAGCUGUCUUCGUCCCUCCUCCUGAGGCGCACGACUAUCGAGAGGCCCACGUCUUCGACAACACGCCCAAGUACUGGCACGGCGUGAGCGAUCGGGGCAAGCGGGAGAGCCUUUCUCCCAUGGCUUCUUGGAGGGAUACCGUCAUCGACUUCACGCCGAACUACGCCAUCGUCGGAGAGGCCCCCCUUCGGAUCUACGACUACUACCACCAGGCCGGCGGAGGGCGUCUACGGAGUAACCUUCGGUUCUUGGUGGUGCUGAGAGAGCCAGUCGCAAGGACUAUCAGCUCCUGGGAGUACAAGAGCGAACCACUUGGACCGCACGGCAAUGGCACCGGCAACAGCUCCUACUCCAGCGGGGGGGGCGCCAUCUCCGAGUGGCCGCAGAGAAUCGGUGGUGUUGAUAUAGGCGCGAGCGAGGACAUGAGAGAUAGGCGCCGGCUGGACUUCGUCAUGGAGGAGCAGAGGCCGCUUUCGGUGGCGUUUCGGGAGGGGGCAGCCACAGUGGAGAGGCUCGCGGCGUGCGUGAGGAACGCCACGGACUCGGGGCUGUUCGGGAGGGAGCCGACGGUCACCUACUGCAGGGCGACGAAGGGAAGGAAGCAGUGCAACGGCCGACCUCCCUGCGAGCUGUGCAACACCCACACCGAGCCCUGGUGCAAUCCCCGCGUCUACCUGGGCGAGGUGCUCUACAACGCCCACGUGGGGAAGAGCGUGUACGCCAUGCAGCUGCGUCGGUGGUUCAACGCCUUCGGGCGCGAGAACUUCAAGGUGGUGUUCACGGACGACUUGGAGGAAGAGCCGAUCAAGACUCUAGAGGAGGUGCUCGACUUCAUCGGCCUUGACAUGGUCGACCCACAGGGCGACAAGGGCUUGCGGAGCCUAGAAAUGUGGAGCGACAUCGUCGGCGCGAGGUUCAACACGGCGGAUGGUGCCAAGAAGAAGGUUCUUGACUCACAGGUGACCCCGGAAAUGCGGGAGGAGAUGCGGGCGUUCUUCGCCCCCUACAACAAGGACCUCGAAGACUUGCUCGGAGUUCCGCUCCCGAGCAGCUGGCAUGUCCAGCGAUAGAAAAGUCCGCGAUGCGAAACGACCGUCGGCAUCAACGCCACGAUCAUUGUUUUCCCGAGACGUGACGUCACCGCCAUGGGGGUGACGUAAUCUGUUGGCCUUGCAUUUUUUUUUCAAGGGAAGAGUUCCUUUCUACAAAAUUGGCCCAUCACAAAACUGCGGGCACCCUUUCUUCUGUCGAUAAUGCCGUUGACUAUCUACACACCACGCUAGACUUCUCCUUGGUGUCGCCAAUCGUUCGUGGUGGUGUUGUCUUGCUGAUGGCCUAGAGGAGGGAGGAUGUCUGCUGAUGGUUGGGCUUGUUUUUCGUGUUGUGCUUGUUUUGAAUCGCGCAUGGUUCUGAUUGAAAACAUUAUGACAUUAUUCGUAUUACUUGGUACUGCGACGCGUGGUUUUUGUUAUAUUCGUGCGUCGUUGUUGUUCUUAGUAGCUAGCUCAUGAGGUUGAAGCUAGGUAGAGGGUCAGGGGGUAACGAGUUUCGGAGCUUGGUACCGUGAGGGUGGGCAUUCAUCUCGCUCGUGUGUUAUUUCUUGUUCUGUAGAUACAACAUCCUGUGGUCGUUGUUGCUUUUUUGUGU